ACUUCCACAUCCGGUUUCCUACGGAGCUGAUGUUGAGUUGGAACUUUAUGAAAAUUUUUAUUUUUUAUUUCGAAUAGCUUUCAUUAUAUAAAAUGAAUUCUCAAACUAUUGGAUUAACAGAUGGGACUGAAGAUGUUGCGUUAAAUUUUGGAGAGGAAGAUGAAAUAGCAGAAGCUAAAAAAAGAAAAAUUCAACAUCCUUUGGCAUUAGUUUUUCACUUGACAUUUAGAGUUUUGGCUCUGCUUACAUAUUUAUUUUGUGGUCUUUUUAGCAAUUCUUUCAUAGUUAGUUUUGUAUCAAUAGUUGUUCUGCUUUCCAUGGAUUUCUGGACUGUAAAAAAUAUUACAGGAAGAUUGUUGGUGGGACUAAGAUGGUGGAAUCAUGUUGACGACGAUGGAAAGAGCCAUUGGAUAUUUGAAUCUCGGAAGGGGUCUUCUGCCAAAAAACUUUCUGCAAUCGAAAGUCAAAUAUUUUGGCUUGGUAUUGUAGGUUGUGAAAUUAUUUGGGUGCUCUUAUUUAUAGGGACUCUAUUUACCUUGAAGUUCAAAUGGCUGAUGGUUGUUUGUGUUGGUAUUGGGUUGAACGGGGCUAAUUUAUACGGAUAUGUGAGAUGUAAAAUAGGUUCCAAAAAGCCCCUAUCUUCUGUAGCAUCGUCUUUCCUUGGUCAACAAGUGUUUCGAUCAUCGCAAGAAACUGAUGAGUUCUUCGACGGCAAAAAAGAUGAGACUCGCCUAUUGUUAGAAAUUCCACUAUUAGGUGAUGAAAAUGUUAAGGGGAUAGAUAUGUUGGUGUUCUUCGAGUACAAGCUUUAUACCUAUCAAAGAUUGACCAUGGAAUGUAUGGCUCACGUUAGUCGUUUCUCGCCGUUUACUGGAAGUGAGCUAACAACUGUUGGUGACCUAAAAUUUAAACAGCGAUUUCCUAUAGGCUAUAAAGGAACUAAUAAUGUUUACAACAAAUCUAUCAUAAACAGUACAAGUCUUCUAUCAGAAUCGUAUGAUUUAUCCACCAUUUUCGCAAAUUACGCAAAGAGAAAUUUCUCAACAACAUUUAGUGAUGAGUAUGCAGUCUGGAAGAAAGGUAAACCCAUAAAUGAUCGUUUUGUUGUUGAUGCUACAAUUAAAUAUCCAGAGGAGACCAUUUUGUAA